UCUCCUUCCUUCCUUCUCUGGAAAGCAAGUCUCUCAUGUAAAAUGAGCUGUCUCUACUCUCUAUAAUAUAAAAUCCUUCACUUUCCCGGGAAAAAUUCACUGUCUAAUGGCUAGUAGGAGGCUGCUCCGUCACUUGUUCCUCCAUAGGCAGCCCUUUUUUCUUCACCUAACGUCUCAACAGGUUUCAAGCACGAGACUACGGUUUCCGUCGACAAAUGGGUGCUCGGGUUAUCGUCGAUUUGGUGUAUUCAAUCAAUUCUCCAAGCAAGUAAAAGGAGAGGCCAAUAGAAAUCAAGAAUUUCAACAGUCAGUCAAGGAGCUUAAGGAGAAAGCAGAAGAACUGAAGGGGGUGAAAGAUGUCCUGAAAGUUAGAAUUAAGAAGACAACUGAGCAGCUCUACAAGCAUGUGGAUGGUGUUUGGACAGAGGCUGAAGCUACAGCAAAAAAGGUUUCUGCCAAUGUUAAAGAUAAUAUUUCAGCUGCAAAAGAAGAGGUCAGAGAAACUUUUAAAGUUGGAAGGGAAGAGUCUUCUGAGUCAGCUGGCACUUCAGACACAAAUGGUACUGAUGUAGAAGAUGAUAGGAAGGCCUCAUCUGGUGAAGAGAUGGACAAAAAGAGUGGGACUAGAGAAGAUGAAGAAACACUCUUUGGAAAAUUUAAGUCAAGCAUACCUUCCUCAAAGGUAUCUUUGGCCUUCCAGAGAUUAAAGGUAGCAAAGGUCACUAACUUUGUGAAGAAUGGGUAUGAUGUUUUGAAGGAUGAGUUAUACAGUAAUCCUAAUAGGAGAAAACACCUGGAAUAUACCCCCCCUCCUUCCUUCAAAGGUGAAAUGAGCACAAGAACAGACAUUAUUGUUCUACCCGCAAAGCAGUCUCGAUGGAGUAAAAAGUGGGAGACAUUUAGAGAAAAGAUGCAAGGUCAUCCUCUAUUCAAGCGUUUUGCUGGCUUUAGUGAGCCUGUUGUAACAAAGAGUCAAGAGAUUGCACAGGACAUGCAGGAAAGAUGGGAGACCAGUGAUAAUCCUAUUGUUCACAAAAUUCAGGAUGUUAGUGAUACUAUCUUCCAAGAAACAGAUGCCGCUGCUUCAUUCAAGGAAAUAUGUCGUCGAGAUCCAUCGUUCUCAUUGAUGGAUUUUGUGGCUGAAAUUCAGGAAGCUGUUAGACCUGUUCUUAAUGCUUAUAUGAAGAGAGACCUAGAAAAUUUGAAGAAGUACUGCUGCCCUGAAGUCAUUGCUCGGUGUGAGGCAGAGCACAAGGCUUUUCAGAGCCAUGGUAUAUCUUUUGAUAACAAGGUAAGAACUUUGCCUUUGGUGUUUCCAAAGUACACAAAUGUUUUGUUUGUGCAGAGAGACCUAGAAAAUUUGAAGAAGUACUGCUGCCCUGAAGUCAUUGCUCGGUGUGAGGCAGAGCACAAGGCUUUUCAGAGCCAUGGUAUAUCUUUUGAUAACAAGAUUCUACAUGUAUCAGAAGUGGAAGUAAGAGAGACCAAAAUGAUGGGAACCUCCCCAAUAAUUAUUGUAGCAUUCCAAACACAGCAAGUCCACUGUGUAUGUGAUCGAAAUGGUGCAGUAACAGAAGGGGGCAAGGAUACAAUCCACACUGUUUACUAUGCAUGGGCCAUGCAGCAAUUGGAUCCAGAAGAACUUGGAGAAGGUGCUAUCUACCCAAUAUGGAAGCUAAGAGAGAUGCAGCAAGUUGGUCUCCAAGCCCUCAUCUAGGCUUCAUUUUCACAAUUCUACUGAGAUUAUGUACGAUUAGAAAACCCAUUUUUUCUCCAUCAUUGUUGUUGUUCCUUUUGUAGUCUGCUGCUCUGAUUUUGUCGCUCCAGGGACAUCCUUAGUUUAUUUUUCUUGUUAAAUUUAUCGAAUAAAGAAAUUGGGUACUUUGCCUGUUCC